UACAUCAGUUCUAUAUUAGCGGUCGCCAUGUUUAGUGUUGUUUUGUGAGAGUCGUGGAAAAUGUCAACUAGAAAAGUAUCUAUUAAUGAUAUUUGAACAAAUAUAAAAUUUAAAUGAAAAUUUGUUUAUAAAAAUUCAAAAAUUAUUCAAAAUUAAAAGUGCAAAAUUUUACCACCAAAGAAAUGAUCUAACUAGAUAAUUCUUAAAGUUAAGGCAAUUAAUACAAACUAAGUAUUUUUGAUAAUAGAAUUGUGGUUAAAUUGAUGUUGGAAGCCAAUAGAAACAAAUUUAAAUCAAUUUGCAUUUUGUUAAUUUUUUAUUAAUUAAAGAAUACAUAAAUUCCGAUACCUCGUUAAUUUUGGUUAAAAAAUUUUUAUUGGAAAAAAACCAUUACACAAAAAAAAGCAACCAUACAAUAUUACUUAAACUAAAUAAAAAGUACGGCAAGAAAACCUAAUAGAUUCUGUGUAAUAACUGCAGAAGAUAUAAUUAUUAUUAGUGCAUUAAUUGAUUUUAUUGCAAUUGGAGCUGUUGCAAUAUUUUUUAUUUGUCAUAAAUAAAUUCUAUUCACAAUGGCUGAUUUUGAUCUAAAUGUAGACAGCCUUAUACAGCGGCUACUAGAAAAUUAUCGAAAACAAAAAGAAGCUGAAGAACAAGCACAAAAAUUACUUGUAGCUCAGCAUAUGUUGGAAUUAGAAAAAGAGAAGAAACAAGAUGCGCGCUCGCCGACUUCAGAAGCGCCAACUGCUGAAGAACUGCAAGAGCAGGAAAAACGUUUAUUGCAACAAUAUGCGAUAUCACCACAGAGUGAAACUAUGAUUUCAGCAGAUGGUGAUCAAAUUACGGUGCAUCACCCACGUGAAGAACCAAAAAAAUCUAAAUUGAAAUUGCGGGAUUUCUUUGUAGCGGAAUUCGUGCGAAGCUGUCGUACUGGAAAGUCAGUUCAAAUGUCAGAGGCUGAAGUGCGUGGUUUAUGCUUAAAAUCACGUGAAAUAUUCUUGCAACAACCCAUACUUCUAGAACUUGAAGCACCACUGAUUAUAUGUGGUGACAUCCACGGUCAAUAUACAGAUUUGUUGCGUUUGUUUGAAUAUGGAGGCUUUCCUCCAGCAGCUAAUUAUCUCUUUCUUGGCGAUUACGUCGAUAGAGGCAAGCAAUCACUAGAGACAAUUUGUUUAUUGUUGGCAUACAAAAUUAAAUAUCCAGAAAAUUUCUUUUUGCUUCGAGGUAAUCAUGAGUGCGCCAGUAUUAACAGAAUUUAUGGCUUUUAUGACGAGUGCAAGAGACGUUACAAUGUUAAAUUGUGGAAAACAUUUACAGACUGUUUUAAUUGCUUACCGGUUGCCGCUAUUAUUGAUGAAAAAAUAUUCUGUUGUCAUGGUGGUUUGAGUCCAGAUCUGCAAAAUAUGGAGCAAAUAAGACGUUUAAUGCGUCCUACUGAUGUGCCUGACACUGGUUUGUUAUGUGACUUACUCUGGAGUGAUCCUGAUAAAGAUGUACAAGGUUGGGGUGAAAAUGAUCGCGGUGUCAGUUUUACAUUCGGCGUUGAUGUUGUUUCUAAAUUCCUACAUCGACAUGAAAUGGAUCUUAUAUGUCGGGCACAUCAGGUUGUUGAAGAUGGUUAUGAGUUCUUUGCAAGACGCCAAUUGGUAACGUUAUUUUCGGCGCCAAAUUACUGUGGUGAAUUUGAUAAUGCUGGCGGUAUGAUGACAGUCGAUGAUACAUUGAUGUGCUCAUUCCAGAUUUUAAAACCAUCCGAAAAGAAAGCGAAAUAUUUAUACAGUGGUAUGAAUUCUUCAAGACCUACUACACCACAGCGUAAUGCUCCUUUAAUAGCUUCGAAUAAAAAGAAAUAAUAUAUCCAUCCACUUCCGUUUCCUUGAAAUUAUUUAUUCUAUAAAUUUAUAUAAAAUAAAUAACAAAAAUAUAAAUAACGUAAAGAAUU